AUGGGGUCUCUAUCGUGGGAGCCAACACCUUUUGGCCAUGAGAUGCGACAGUACUUCUCCUUCGGGCCUGGAUACCGGAAUAUGAAUCAUGGCUCUUUCGGAACAUCCCCUCGCGCCAUUCGUGACAAAGCAAAUCAACUUAGGGAUGAGUGCGAGGAAAACCCAUGUCCUUUCAUCAAAUACCGAUUUCCACAAUUGCUGAACGAAUCCCGCGCUGUUAUAAGCGAAUUUCUAUCCGUUCCGGAAUCCACCAUCGUUCUCGUUCCCAACGCCACAACGGGAAUCAACACGGUACUGAAUAAUAUCAGAUGGAACGACGAUGGCAAAGAUGAGAUUCUUCAAAUUGAUUUGAUAUAUGGUGCAUGUGCGAAAAUUGCCAGCUAUGUCUGUGAAUCCAAUCAGGAUAAGGUUCGGACACGCGAAGUUGGCUUCACAUACCCGCUGGAGCCCUCUGAGAUGGUUUCAAUUUUCCAAGAGGCAAUUUCGGCCUCCAGAGCUGAGGGAUAUCGCCCUCGGGUUGCAAUCUUCGACACCAUUUCAUCUAAUCCUGGGCUUCGACUACCUUUCGAGGCAUUUGCAGCUACUUGUCGCUUGGAGGGCAUACUGAGUCUGGUUGAUGCGGCACAUGGAAUUGGCCAGAUCGAUCUCAAUAUUCCAUCUUGGGACCCGGAUUUCUUGGUUACCAACUGCCAUAAAUGGUUGUUCACUCCACGCGCAUGUGCCAUUUUCUAUGUCCCCGAGCGAAAUCAGGGCAUUCUUCGGAGUACACUACCCACAAGUCAUGGUUUUGUUCCACGCUCCACUGUUGAUGGGUCAAGCAACAGUCUAGAAAUUCCAGCAAAUUCUCUAUUUGUCUCCAACUUUGAAUUUACGGGUACUGCCGACCACACUGCAUUCUUGGUAGUUGGAGAGGUCAUCAAAUGGCGUCAGAAAGUAUGUGGUGGAGAGAGCCAAAUACGAGACUACUGCAUUGCUUUGGCGCGGAGAGGUGGACAGAGAGUGGCAGAUAUCUUGGGAACUAAAAUCCUUGACAACGCUAGCCACAGCUUCACUGACUGCUGUAUGGUCAACAUUCUUCUUCCUUUGCAGAAACCCACUACUGGUACUGGGUCCCUGGUCAAAGGUAAGGGCGGCGCUGAGACUAUUACAGACUGGAUGCAACAGGCCAUGAUCAAAAAUUGGAGCACAUUUAUGCCUGUUUUCCCCUUCAAGGAGAGCUGGUGGGUCCGCCUGAGUGGGCAGAUAUAUCUUGAAGACAGCGAUUUUGAAUGGGCUGGUUGGACUCUGAAAACACUUUGCGAGCAGAUUGGAAACGAGAAAUUUAUGUAG